AUGCUCAUUGUCUCGUCCCGCAGUGCGCUGCUGUCCGUCUACUAUCCCCAGAUCUUCCUCAUCCUCACCAGCGGUAGCUACCUGGCAUUGUCCUCGGUGGUUGCGUUGGGUGCUAACAUCAUUUGCAACAAGAUCCCUGGACUGGCCCCAAGGCAGCGUACCCUCUGCCAGAGCCGCACGGACGCCAUCAUCGUCAUCGGCGAGGGUGCACAGCUGGGCAUCAAUGAAUGCCAGUACCAGUUCCACUAUGGCCGCUGGAACUGCUCCGCCCUGGGCGAGAGGACCGUAUUUGGACAAGAGCUGAGAGUAGGUAGCCGAGAGGCGGCUUUCACCUAUGCCAUCACGGCGGCUGGCGUGGCACAUUCGGUGACAGCAGCGUGUAGUCAGGGCAACCGGAGCCAGUGUGGCUGCGACUGGGAGAAGCAGGGCUACCAUGACCAGGAGGAGGGCUGGAAGUGGGGAGGCUGCUCGGCCAACAUCAAGUACGGCGUGGAGUUCUCCAUACGCUUCGUAGAUGCCCGAGAGAUCAAGAAGAACGCCCGACGUCUGAUGAACCUGCAUAAUAAUGAGGCAGGACGAAAGAUCCUGGAAGAGCAUAUGAAGCUGGAGUGUAAGUGUCACGGCGUGUCGGGCUCCUGCACAACCAAGACCUGCUGGACCACCCUACCCAAGUUCCGGGAGAUCGGCUACGUCCUGAAAGAGCGCUAUGGCGAGGCGGUCCAAGUCGAACCGGUCCAGGCCUUGCGCCUCCGUCAACCCUCCUUCCUGCAUCUGAAGGAGUCGCGGGGGUACCAGAAACCCACGGACACAGAUUUGGUCUACCUGGAGAGGUCUCGUAACUUCUGCGAGGAGGACACGGCGACAGGGAGCACAGGGACACGGGGGAGGCUGUGUAACCACACGUCACCCCAUACCGACGGCUGCAAUCUGAUGUGUUGUGGUAGAGGCCACAACACCCACCAGUACACCCGCGUGUGGCAAUGCAACUGCAAGUUCCAGUGGUGCUGUUUUGUGAAGUGUAACAUGUGCAGUGAGAGGUCUGAGGUGUUCACCUGCAAAUGAU